UUACAUUUAAUCCAAUUGAUUUAAUAUUUCCUUAUUAAUAGUAAUUAAAGCAAACCAUAAGUUUGACGUACUUUUACUAUUAUUUCAACACAGAAAAUGAAUGCCAAGAUUUUGACAGUUUUACUAUCGAUUACAUUAAUUGAUAGCUUUGUAUUUGCUUUUGAUCGACAAGUAAUACUCAAUCGACUUAUUCGGGCCACUAAUGAAAGGAAAAAUCAACCCUCGGAGAUAUAGGAGUGCUUAUCUGGCCAGCAGUUCCGGUGAAGAGUGUCGGUAUGAGAAGGAGGCGUGGGAGGAGUGCGACAGUUCAGGACAACAGCGAAGAGUUCUUCGACUAAAGGCCUCACGUUCUGUGACCACAAACUGUGAGCCCCAGAAGUUUAUUACCAGACAAUGCAAAAAGAGUCAGUCCAACCAAUUAAAUUGUCGCUAUUCUAAAGGAGUUUGGAGUGAUUGUGUGAAUGGAUCCAAACAUCGAAUCGAUACCAUUAAAUCCAUUUCAAGCACCGGUUGUGAGAACAGUAGAAAUAUCACCAAAAAAUGCAAAGAGCAGUGCAAUUACGUGAAGAGCGACUGGUCUUUGUGUGAAAACGGUAUGAAAAGCAAAACACUGACCCUUCAGAGCGAGACGAGUGCCCGAACCGGAUAGUGCAAUUACGUGAAGAGCGACUGGUCUUUGUGUGAAAACGGUAUGAAAAGCAAAACACUGACUCUUCAGAGCGAGACGAGUGCCCGAACCGGAUGUGAGGCAACAAAACUUAUAAGAAAACAGUGCGGAAACAGAAACAAGAAGGAAAGGACCAAAAACAAGAAGACUGUUCCGAACAACACUCCAAUCAUUGAUGAAUAAUUUGUCUCAAUUAUAAUUUGUGUGCUUUUCAAGC